GACUUUGUUAAAUUUGUCGGAGCACAGUCAAACGAUUUAAAUUGUAGCUUAAGUCAUUCAUUUAAAAUGGCUUCAGGAUCAUUAGCAAACAAAAAUAAGAAACAUUUUCUCGGUAUACCGGCUCCUCUUGGUUAUGUUGCUGGUGUUGGCAGAGGAGCCACUGGAUUCACAACUCGAUCUGAUAUUGGUCCAGCACGAGAUGCUAAUGAUGUUUCAGACGACAGACAUGCACCACCAACAAAGCGUAAAAAGAAAGAUGAAGAAGAAGACGACGAUGAGGACUUAAAUGAUUCAAAUUACGAUGAAUUCUCUGGUUAUUCAGGAUCAGGGUUAUUUUCAAAAGAUCCAUAUGAUAAGGACGAUGCUGAAGCUGACGCUAUUUACGAAGCAAUUGAUAAACGCAUGGAUGAGAAGCGUAAGGAAUACAGAGAGAGGAAAGAAAAGGAAUUCCUUGAAAAAUACCGCCAAGAACGUCCAAAGAUCCAACAGUUGUUCUCUGACGUUAAAAGAUCUCUUGCAAGUGUGUCAGAAGCAGAAUGGGCAGCUCUACCUGAAGUUGGUGACGCACGUAAUAGAAAGCAAAGAAACCAACGAGCUGAGAAAUUUACACCAUUACCUGACAGCGUUCUUUCUAAAAAUCUUGGAGGCGAGACUGCAAAUGCAAUCGAUCCAAGUUCAGGCCUCGCAUCCAUGGUUCCUGGUGUUCUGACCCCAAGUGGUGACUUAGACUUGCGUAAAAUUGGACAAGCCCGUAACACACUCAUGAACGUGAAACUUUCUCAAAUUUCUGACUCUGUGACUGGUCAGACAGUUGUUGACCCCAAAGGAUAUUUGACAGACUUACAAAGUAUGAUUCCAACAUACGGCGGUGACAUUAACGACAUCAAGAAAGCCCGAUUGCUUCUCAAAAGUGUUCGUGAAACGAAUCCAAAUCAUCCACCUGCAUGGAUUGCGAGUUCACGUUUGGAAGAAGUCACUGGAAAAGUUCAAGCAGCUCGAAAUCUCAUCAUGAGAGGAUGUGAAGUCAAUCCAACGAGUGAAGAUCUUUGGUUGGAAGCAGCUCGAUUACAACCACCAGACACUGCAAAAGGUGUUAUUGCUCAAGCAGCUCGUCACAUUCCAACAUCAGUUCGAAUAUGGAUCAAAGCAGCUGAUCUGGAAAAUGAAGCUAAAGCUAAACGACGUGUUUUCCGAAAAGCUCUUGAACAUAUUCCAAACUCUGUUCGUUUGUGGAAAAGUGCAGUUGAAAUUGAAAAUCCAAACGAUGCCAGAAUUCUCUUGUCAAGAGCCGUCGAAUGCUGUAACACGAGUGUCGAACUUUGGUUGGCACUUGCAAGACUGGAAACUUACGAAAAUGCAAGAAAAGUCUUGAACAAAGCUCGUGAGAAUAUUCCAACUGAUAAACAAAUCUGGACGACAGCUGCAAAGCUAGAAGAAGCGAAUGGAAAUAUUCACAUGGUUGAGAAGAUUAUCGAUCGUGCAAUUUCAUCAUUGACUGCGAAUGGAGUUGAAAUAAAUCGUGAUCAAUGGAUGCAAGAAGCAAUGGAAGCUGAAAAAUCAGGAGCUGUUCGUUGUUGUCAAGCAAUUAUCAAGUCAGUAAUUGCUGUUGGUGUUGAAGAAGAAGACCAGAAACAAACUUGGAUUGAUGAUGCUGAAAACUGUGCAAAAGAAAGCGCAUUUGAAUGUGCACGAGCGAUUUAUGCUCAUGCUUUACAAAUCUUCCCAAUGAAGAAAAGUAUUUGGCUACGAGCGGCAUACUUUGAGAAAAGUCACGGAACAAGAGAAAGCCUUGAAGCACUUUUACAAAAAGCUGUUGCAAAUUGUCCAAAAGCUGAAAUUUUAUGGCUUAUGGGUGCCAAGUCAAAAUGGUUGGCUGGCGAUGUUCCAGCAGCAAGAAGUAUUCUCAGCUAUGCUUUCCAAGCGAACCCAAAUUCAGAAGAGAUUUGGUUAGCUGCUGUCAAACUUGAAUCUGAAAAUGCUGAAUACGAGAGAGCACGAAAGCUUCUUGCGAAAGCACGUGGAGCAGCACCAACCCCUAGAGUAUUGAUGAAGUCAGCGAAGUUAGAAUGGGCUUUGGAUAACUUAGAAGAAGCUUUGAAUUUACUUGAAAACGCUGUCAAUGUUUUUCCAGAUUUUGCAAAGCUUUGGAUGAUGAAAGGGCAAAUUGAAGAACAGCAAGGAAAGCUGGAUCAAGCCAUUGACACCUACAACAAAGGAAUCAAAACUUGUCCAACUUCAAUCCCACUUUGGUUGUUGUUAUCAGGUUUGGAAGAGAAGAGAGGCAUCUUAACAAAAGCUCGAUCAAUUCUUGAACGUGGUCGAUUGAAAAAUCCCAAAACUGCAAUCUUGUGGCUUGAAGCAAUCAGGAUUGAAAUUCGAGCUGGUAUCAAGGAAAUGGCCAACACUUUGCUAGCUCGUGCACUUCAAGAAUGCCCAACGUCUGGUGAACUUUGGUCAGAAGCAAUUUUCUUGGAAAAUCGUCCACAAAGAAAAGCGAAAUCAGUCGAUGCACUUAAGAAGUGUGAACAUGACCCAAACGUUCUUCUUGCUGUAUCAAAAUUAUUCUGGAGCGAAAGAAAAACACAAAAAUGUCGCGAAUGGUUUAAUCGAACAGUUAAAAUUGAUCCUGAUUUUGGUGAUGCUUGGGGAUUCUUCUACAAAUUCGAACUAAUGAUGGGAAGUGAAGAACAACAGCAAGAAGUUUUAAAUCGCUGCGUUUCUGCUGAGCCCAAACAUGGAGAGAAUUGGUGUCGUAUCAGCAAGGACAUAAAGAAUUGGUGUUUCAAAACGGAAGAUGUCCUUAAAGCACUUGUAAAGACACUUCCAAUUCCGAUUUAAGAUGUGAAAAUAUAUGUGAAUUAGAUAA